AUGAAUCCAUUCGAUGAGAAACAACGGGCCCGAAAUGCCGUAAGAGCAGAAAUAUUUGCGAUUCGUCAUCCUGAAACCGUAGCGCCGAUCAGUGAGUAUCGUGAUCAGCGAUUUCAGGGAACAUUGAAGGAACAGACUUUGGCACUGCGAACAUCGACGACGCUUUAUAUAGGAAACUUGUCGUUUUAUACAAGUGAAGAUCAGUUGUAUGAAUUGUUCGGCCGCGCUGGAGAGGUCAAACGGGUAAUAGUUGGUCUCGAUCGCUUCAAGAAAUCUCCGUGCGGUUUUUGUUUUGUAAUCUAUUUCGCUCGAACAACAGGGCAUGGGCGAGCAAAUUCGAAAAUUAGUUCAGAAACGGACGAAAUUCUUGCCAUUUAUCAAGUCAGCGGCACGUCGUUCGGUGUCUAUGCUGUCGUGUUGGCAGUGCGGGUUGAUCAGUCAUGUGAACCAGGAUGA